GUCCACCAGAAACUUCAGUUUCUCUUCCAACCUUUCUUCUACUCUUCUACUUUUGAAAAUCAUCUUUAAUUUUCUUCUAAUAUUUAUUGAUAUUUUUUGAACAUGAUCAAAUUAAUAUUUACUUUGAUACCAUUUUUAGUGGUAACUCGAGCUGAUCCUGGGUAUUACGGAGCUCACGGUUUUGGUCCACUUCUUGGUCAUGCUCUUCCUGCGCCAGUUUUACCAGCUCCAACUAUCAUUAAAACGCCAGUUAUUGCGCCAGCUCCAGUUAUAGCACCUGCUCCAGUAUUAGCUCCAGCUCCUAUUUAUAAAGCUGUGGCACCAGCUAGUAGUUACGCAACAGUUACCCAAGUGCAUGUUACACAUCCUGCAGUUGUCAAGGCUGUUAUAGCUCCUCAACCAAUUGUAAAAUCGAUUGCUUAUCCAGCUCAUUUCCCUGCAUUUGGACAUGGAUUUCAUUAAAAUUGGUCUUUUUUGAUAAGUGUUGUUAUUAUCGAUUGUAUAUAAAUAUUAAAUUUAUUUUAUUUUUUUUAGAUUAAUAAAUGUGCAGUGUAUUAAAAAAGUAAAAA